UUAUCUCAUUCUGCGCAUAGAAGAAGAAACAGUUUGCCACGUCAUUCCCGACGCCAUCCCUGACCUCUCUCCCUCUAUAUAACACACAUCCUACUUCACUUCACUUCACCUCACCUCUCAAGGUUUCAGCUCAAAUAACCACAAAAAUAACAAUGGCCAUGAAGCGUGCUGCUACCUCUGCAAUUCGCGCUUUCUCGUCUUCAUCACCAUCAUCAUCCGUGAAUUCUGGCUCGUCAACUAGGCUUCUCCAUGCAUCGGCAGAAAGCAAAAAAAUUGUUGGGGUGUUUUACAAAGCAAAUGAGUAUGCUUCACUGAAUCCUAAUUUUGUGGGUUCCUUGGAAGGAGCUCUGGGCAUUCGUGACUGGCUGGAAUCACAAGGCCACCAGUACAUUGUCACUGAUGACAAAGAAGGACUGGAUUCUGAACUUGAAAAGCAUAUUCCUGAUCUCCAUGUGCUCAUUACUACCCCUUUCCACCCCGCCUAUGUAACGGCAGAAAGGAUCAAGAGGGCAAAAAAUCUGCAACUGCUUCUCACUGCUGGAAUAGGCUCUGAUCAUAUAGAUUUGAAGGCAGCAGCUGCUGCUGGGUUAACUGUUGCAGAGGUCACAGGAAGCAAUGUCGUCUCGGUUGCAGAAGAUGAGCUCAUGAGAAUCCUUAUUCUUGUCCGAAAUUUCUUACCUGGAUAUCAUCAAGUGAUCAAUGGGGAGUGGAAUGUGGCAGCUAUCGCCUACAGAGCUUAUGAUCUUGAAGGAAAGACAGUGGGAACUGUUGGUGCUGGACGCAUUGGAAAGCUUUUACUCCAGAGGUUGAAGCCUUUCAAUUGCAACCUACUGUAUCAUGACAGACUUAAGAUGGAUCCAGAAUUGGAGAAACAGACGGGGGCAAAGUUUGAGGAGGAUCUUGAUUCAUUGCUUUCUAAAUGUGACGUAGUUGUCAUCAACACGCCGCUUACAGAGAAAACAAGAGGGAUGUUUGACAAAGAAAGAAUUGCAAAGAUGAAGAAAGGAGUUCUUAUUGUUAACAAUGCCCGAGGAGCAAUCAUGGACACUCAAGCAGUUGUUGAUGCUUGCUCCAGUGGACAGAUUGGAGGUUACAGUGGAGAUGUUUGGAAUCCACAACCAGCUCCCAAGGACCAUCCAUGGCGUUACAUGCCGAACCAUGCAAUGACCCCCCAUAUUUCUGGAACCACUAUAGAUGGACAGUUGCGAUACGCCGCCGGAGUUAAGGACAUGCUUGACAGAUACUUCAAGGGAGAGGAGUUUCCUCCACAGAAUUACAUUGUGAAGGAGGGCAAACUGGCCAGUCAGUACCUGUGAUGCAGAGCACAAGGUCUAUGAAUAAUGAAUGUAUCUUUAGAGAGUUCUCUAGUUUUCCCUGAGAAAUCAAUAAGAGAGUUGUAAUAAGAGAAUUCAUGGUGGUGACGGUCUCAUCUACCACCUCGUGAUAAACAUGCGUGUACCCAUCUUAAUUCAGCUUUUUUGGUUGCUAGUGGAUGGGCCUUCGUUUGACUCC